GUACCAUGGCACUAUCACAAUCUCUUAAGGUGGCGGUGAUCGGAGCCGGAGUCUCCGGCCUCCUCGCCGCUCGUGAGCUUCAAAGAGAAGGCCACCAAGUUGUAGUCUUGGAAAAAGCAAACCGAUUCGGUGGAACAUGGGUGUACAACUCACGAGUCGAGGCUGAUCUACUCGGCCUUGACCCAAAUAGAGAGAUUGUACACAGUAGCCUCUAUAAAUCACUUCGCACAAACCUUCCUCGAACCAUAAUGGGGUUUUCGGAUUACCCAUUUACAAUGAGUGAAAAUGGGGAUUCUAGGAAUUUUCCGGGUCAUGAAGAGGUGCUCAAGUUUUUGGAGAGGUUCGUGAAGGACUUUGGACUUAAUGAAUUGAUACGGUUCAAUUCCGACGUUGUCCGAGUUGAAAUGGUUGACUCAGGGAAUAUUGAUGAGUGGGUGGUGGAGUCCAGAACGAGUGGGAUGAGUUUGGAGGAGGUUUUUGAGGCUGUGGUGGUUGGUAAUGGUCAUUACACAGAACCAAGAGUGGCCAAAUUUCCAGGUUUUGAGAAAUGGCCUGGAAAGCAAGUUCAUAGUCACAAUUAUCGUCAUCCUGAACCAUUCUGUGAUCAGGUGGUCGUUAUAAUUGGAAGCGGGCCGAGCGCUUAUGAUAUGUCGAGAGAAAUUGCAACCGUUGCCAAAGAAGUUCACCUUUCAUCAAGAUCUCCGGGUGUUAAAGCUUCAAAAUCAGACAACUACAACAAUAUAUGGCAGCAUUUAAAGAUUGAUUAUGUUACAGAAGAUGGUAUGGUAGCCUUUCAAGAUGGAUUCAUUGUUCAUGCAGAUACUAUUCUCCAUUGUACUGGCAUUGAGGACAACCGUGUUGGGCCACUGUACAAGCAUGUCUUCCCUCCACAGCUUGCUCCGAGGCUCUCUUUCGUUGGAUUACCUAAAAGGACUAUAAUAUUUCUUAUGCUGGAAUUACAAUCAAAGUGGAUUGCACAAGUUUUAUCUGGCAAGGUGCUUCUACCAUCCCAAGAACAGAUGUUAGCUGAUAUUCAAGAAUACUAUAAGCAUUUGGAGGAAUGUGGAAUUCCCAAGCACCGUACUCAUACUCUAAGUCCAACAGAGCUUGAUUAUCAGGACUGGUUAGCUGCUCAAAUAGGAAUGCCACCACCAGAGGAGGGGCUGAGAGAGAUAUAUAGGCAGACUUUGAAGUGCAUUAUUUCAAAAAAGGAUAAUUUCAGGGACGAAUGA